AUAUGCAUGCAUAGGUAUAGAUAAGUACGCGCGGUGGCUGCGCCCACCCUGUUACCAAUAUAAUAAAGCAGUUCGCUAAUGGCUACCUGUCGUUUCACUCGUGUGCCUUCCCGACCCAUAUAUCUAUCAGUGGCGACGAUUCGAUAAUUACCUCACGUGUUAAACGCCGUGUACCGUGUAUCAUGGCAACUUCAAACUCGGUUGGCUUGUUUUCAAGUUUUAAUCAUCAACAGCAAGAAUGGCUUACGUACAAAAAUAGGCUAGAACAGUGGUUCAUCGCAAACAACAUCGAUCAAGCAAGCGACAAAGCGGGUGUGAGAAGGCGCGCCAUCUUGUUAAGUGCGCUUACGGAAAGUACCUAUCAAUUAGCAAGUAAUCUUGCACUGCCUGAUGUUCUUGAAACUAAAAGUUAUAGUGAAGUGGUGGAGUUGUUGGAUGCGCAUUUUACUCCGAAGCGCUGCGUCUUCGCGGAGCGUUAUCACUUCCAUUCGGCUACGCAGAAGGUAGGCGAAACUUCGGCGCAGUGGGCCGCGCGGCUGCGCGGGCUCGCGGCGUAUUGCCAGUUCAAGAACAUUGAGGAGGCGCUUUUGGACAGAUUCAUCAUGGGCAUGCAGUCUGGAAAAGAGCGUGAAAAAUUGUUUUCGAAGGAGCUCGGCGAACUCACCCUAGCGAAAGCAAUAGACAUCGCUGAAAGUGUGCGGUGCGCGCGCGCCGCAGCCAGCGCGACCUUGGCGGCCGCCGCGACGGCGGCGGUGCCCGGCGCUGAGAGCCUGUUAAAAAUCGGCGAAACUACGGCGGGUCGCGGGAAUAAGUGUUCUGUGUGCGGUCUAAGUAGUCAUAAAGCUGAAAACUGUCGUUACGUAAAUUACAAGUGCAAAAGGUGUAAAAAAAAGGGUCAUUUACGUAAGAUGUGUAACCUCAAAUACGUUGAGUCGGAGGAGGUGAGCGAAGAUGAUGAUGGAAUUCAAAACACACUACUACAGGGAAAUCACCAGCACAGCUGGUAUUUGGUAGACAAUUGAGAUCACGAUUAGAUUUGUUACGUGUUACAUCAGAAAAGUCAUCAUCAUCAACUCCGCUCAC